CCUUCUUCCAGUUUGGAUCUCUAUUAACAGAGUGUUCAGUAUGAAUUUGGAAGAUAAAUUAUUAAACUUUUAUUUAAAACUAUUUGCCGCUUUAGGAUUGAAAAGAGAACAAACCAUUGUUGAUAAAUGUAUUUUUGCUUUUUCGCACUUAUGUAAUAUGUUUGUUGUCGCAAUGGUUGUAACAUUUCCAUGUGUUAUGGAAAGAUCUCUUGAAAAUAUUACAGGAUUUUUAGAAUCUACGUCUUUAACUACACAGGUAACAUCCAAGUUGUUUGCAGUAACUCUUUACAGAAAAGAAUUAUUAGACCUAGUAGAUAUACGAAAACUAUACUGGCCAAAAAACAAAUACGGAGAGAGCUUAAUAAAAUACGAAAUGAAAGUUCUUUCUGUCGUUGCCAAAGGAUACGUAGUUUUCACCAUCUGUACUUUACUUACAAAUAUACUGGUAGAAACUAAACCAUUCUUCGUACACCAGCUACCAACUGCGAGCUGGGUUCCACCCUUCAAACAUGGAUUUCUGUUUGUUUGGUUUGUGCAGGCUGAAACCGAGACGUUCGUGUGCACGCUGAUCUAUGGAUACGAUUUUAUUUUUAUGCUCACUGCCAUAGAGUUGACAAUACAGUUUAAGAUGCUUAAUCACGCUUUUAAGAAUAUGAAAACGAGACAGGAUAUGUUAGAAUGUAUUCACUACCAUCGCUUGCUUUUAGAAUUGGUUGAUAAAAUGAAAAAGCCGUAUACGAUGGUGUUUUUAUUUGAAUUUCUACAAACUACAAUUGGAAUAUCUAUGCAGCUGAUUAUUGUAACCCAACAAGCAGCAGACACCUCGUUAAAAAUAAAGGGUUGUACAUUCACCUUAAUUAUGUUGGUACAACUGGCAAUAUUCUCUUUUCCUUCUUCGUUCCUACAAGAUGAGGCAGAAACUUGUGCAUACGCAAUAUUCGAAUCUAAAUGGUAUGAAAAUGAUCAAUCUUUGAAGAAAGACACACUUUUUUUAAUGCUGGAAGCUCAAAGAGAAAUUGUUAUAGAUGCACUAGGAUUUUUUCAGGUUGGCCGAAGAGCGUUUGUUACGGUUUGUCGAUCGAUAUAUUCUAUCUACGCGCUUCUCAUAACCGUAAAUCGUUAAUCAGAUGAAUGAGACGAUUGGAAUUCAGUAAAAAAAUCAAAGCACGUAAUAAUAUAAUAAUAUUUACUAUCACUAUUGCUUAUACACUUAUCGAGACUUAAUAAAACAAUAUAUAACUUG